AUGAAGGUGGAUCCGCUGCAGACGCUGUACCUCAUCUCGUUCCUCGACCUCUUCGCCGUCUCGCUCAUCGUGCCGUCGCUGCCUGCCUUCAUCAAGUCCCUCGGCGGCGACGCGCUCACAGUCGGCUACGUCACGUCCAUGUAUGGUGCGAUUCAAAUGGUGACCUCGCCGCUCGCUGGCGUGUUCAGCGAUAUCUACGAUCGCCGUCUCGUGCUCCUCGUUGGCAUCGCCGGCGCCGCAGUGGGCUACGUCCUCCUUGGGCUCUCGCUGACACUCUCCAUGGCGCUCGUCUCGCGCGUGCCGUGUGGCAUCUUCAAGCAUUCGCUAAGCACGGUGCGGCUGAUCGUCGCCGACCAAACGUCGCCUGCCCAUCGCGCCGACGCCAUGGGCAAAAUCAAUGCGUACUCGAGCUUUGGCUUUAUCUUCGGGCCGCUUGUCGGCGGAUACCUCAGCAGUCGUCCUCAUGGCUUCAACAUCACGGCGUUCCUCACAGCUAUCGUCUUUGUCCUCAACUACGGGCUCGUGUACACGAUGCUGCCGUCGUACCUUCCGACACCGCCUGCGCACCGCCCAAUCUUGCUUGACGAAGACGAUGCAGCCGAAGACCUCGAGCUCCAUGACGCUGCAUCGCUGCUUGCGCCGCCAGCGUCGCCGUCGCCGCCGUCCUUGGUCGCGUCCGUGCUUGCCAAGCUGCGCGACUACAUGUCGAUUUUGAAGGCAUCGCCCCUCGCACGCAACAUUCUCUUCGUCCGUCUUCUCAUGGCGGCCGCCGCCAUCUUGUUUCGGAGUCAUUUUAUGCUGCUUCUCGAGGAAAAGUACGCGUCGUCGUCCGUCGAGCGCGGCUACAUUCUGAGUUAUAUGGGCGUCGUCUCGGCCGGCAGCAGCUACUUUGUUGGCCCCAUCGUGGCUCUGGCGUCCUCCGAGGCGGUGCUCAUUCUCGCUGCGAGCGUUGUUUACGUCGCGUCUUUUCUUGGCACGGCCAUGGCGACAUCGCUUUGGAUGGUGCUCGUGCUCCAGGCGCCUCAAGUGGUUGCCAUUAGCAUCCUCCGUGCUUGCUCCGUGUCGCUGCAGACCGCGGCCGUCCAACCUCAGCAUCUCGGCGGCAUUCUUGGCCUCUCGACCUCCUUGACGGUAGGCCAUGCACUGCUCGGGGCUUUGCUCUCGGGGUUCUUAUACGUCGUCUCGGUCGACGGCCCAGCGUACGGCGCGACGGUGCUUGCGGCCAUGAGCUGUGGGCUUUUUUGGAUCUCGCUCUUCCGAUCGCCGACAUCGAAGCAAAAGCAAUAGUUAGUCAGUGAUAGUUAGUCGUGGAAACUGCGGUCGAAAACAGCUAUCAAGACCCACUUUAGC